CGUAUAAAAAUCCCUCCCUUUCCUAGAGGAAAUAACCUCGGCGGCGAAGAAAGGAGAUCGGGAUCGUAUUCUCUUCCUUAUCGUUCGUUGCGCAUCCUACGGCCAUGGCAGAGACACUGGUCCUUAAGGGCACCCUGCGCGGCCACUCGGGCGCGGUGACGGCGAUCGCCGCCCCGCUGGACAACUCCGACAUGGUCGUCUCCUCCUCGCGCGACAAGUCCGUCCUCGUCUGGCACCUCACCAAGGACUCCCCCGCCGCCGCCGCCGGCGAACCCGGCGGCUCCGCUUACGGCGUCCCCCGCCGCCGCCUCACCGGCCACUCCCACUUCGUCCAGGACGUGGUCCUCUCCUCCGACGGACAGUUCGCCCUCUCCGGCUCCUGGGACGGGGAGCUCCGCCUUUGGGACCUUGCCACCGGCGCCACCACCCGCCGCUUCGUCGGCCACACCAAGGACGUCCUCUCCGUCGCCUUCUCCGUCGACAACCGCCAAAUCGUCUCCGCCUCCCGGGACCGCACCAUCAAGCUCUGGAACACCCUCGGCGAGUGCAAGUACACCAUCCAGGACGCCGACGCCCACACCAACUGGGUCAGCUGCGUCCGCUUCAGCCCCAACACCUUCCAGCCCACCAUCGUCUCCGGCUCAUGGGAUCGCACCGUCAAGGUCUGGAACCUCACCAACUGCAAGCUUCGCUCCACCCUCACUGGCCACGGCGGCUACGUCAACGCCGUCGCCGUUAGCCCGGACGGUUCCCUCUGCGCCAGCGGCGGGAAGGACGGGGUCACGCUGCUCUGGGACUUGGCUGAGGGGAAGAGGCUCUACUCGCUUGAUGCUGGGGCCAUCAUUUAUGCUCUCUGCUUCAGCCCCAACCGCUACUGGCUCUGCGCUGCCACCCAGGACAGCGUCAAGAUCUGGGACCUCGAGAGCAAGUCCAUCGUCCAGGAUCUCAAGCCGGAGACUCCCACCAGCAAGAACCAGAUUCUAUACUGCACAAGCUUGAACUGGAGUGCUGAUGGAAGCACACUGUUUACUGGCUACACCGAUGGUGUUAUCAGGGUGUGGGGCAUUUCUCGUUAUUAGAAGCUGGCAGUUAUGUCAGAGGUUUUGGUCUCAUUUAACUUUUUUGAAAUAUUGUUCUUCAAGUGGGAUGAGUUAUCUGGUUAGCUUGCAUUUGUCAAUUUUGACUCAAGUAUUUAGGUUGUGCUUUUGGAAAUUUGAGUUUAUUCUUGGCUCUGCCUAGAAUAGAUCUUUGAAGUUGCAGGUCCUUUCCAGACUAUGGUGUUUCUGAUGUCUUCUCUCUGGAAGGCAUUAUAUCGUAGUUUUCACUGUUCUUAUUUCUCUUCAA